AUGGAGGAGCCAACCGAUUCCGCGGGGGCCUCAGGUGCCCUGGAGGCAGUGUCGCCGCCGGAACCCGCCGCGCCUGCCAGCGCGGAUACGGAGGCGCCUCGUCGCAAGUUGGUGGUGGAUACUGGCGCGUACAACCGUUCUACCUACCUAGACCGCAGCGGAGACGAAUUGUUCGUGACCCGCGGCGUCAUGAAGGAAAUCGAACGUUUCAAGGACAAGAAUCCAGUGGGCACCCAUAUCCGAACAGUGUUCAAGGUGACUGAGCGCGACCCCGUGGAGGAAGACAUCGCAAAGGUGAAGAAAUUCGCCGCUCUCACUGGUGACCUGCCGUUCCUGUCGGCGAACGACAUCGGCUGCAUCGCUCUAACGCUGCGACUGCAGGUGGAGAGCGGGGACACUUCGCGCUUGCGGUCCGAGCCGCUGCCGCUUUCACUCACCAAGACUGGCUCUAAAGCCGAGAAAAAUGAAGCGGGGAAGAAGCGUGGUGGCCGCAACAAGCCCAAGAAAGGCGGGUCGGAGUCGGGCGUCGGCUUCGACUGCUGGAUCACGCCUGAAAACGUGCACAGCUACAACAUCAGCGCCGCGGCGCCGGAAUCGCACCAGAAGGUGGCUUGCAUGACGACGGAUUUUGCGAUGCAGAACGUGCUGCUCCACAUGGGUUUGAACGUGGUGACGCUGGACGGGUUCGCCGCCAAGAGCGUGCGCAGCUGGGGGCAUUUGUGCCGGGCGUGUUUGGAGGUGUUCCCGAACACUUUGCGGCAGUUUUGCAGCAACUGCGGUAACGCCACGGUCGACCGCGUGCCGCUGGUGGUGGACGGGCAGACGGGACAGGUGACGGUGAAGGACACCCGCAAGUGGAUAAACACGCGCGGAACCAUCUACACGCAACCCAAACCCGUCACCGGGAAGAGCAAACAAAUGUACAUCGUCGCCGAGGACCAGCUGAUGAUGCCACGAUAUCGCAACCAGCUGCGCAUCAUGAACCGCAAGAGCGGCAACGACGACGUAUCCCACUUCAACGCGGACGAAUGUACAAUCGGGGCUGCUCUGGGUGGCCCUGAGAAGCAGCUGCCGGCGCUGGCGCGGGUCCCCGUCGGUUUGGGGCGCGGCAACCCUAACUCCAACCACUGGAUGAUGAAGCACAAACGCGCAAUGAAGGAGUAG